AUGCCAAAUCAAAGAACAAAAACUGGAGUUACUGUAGUUCCAGUUUCACGAAAACAUAUUUAUUCAGGUAUUCGCAGAAAACAACGAAGAGAGACAUUGUCUAAUAAUUCGAAUUUGGAAGCAAUGAAAAGUAUGUCGAUUCCAUUUGAUCUAUAUGAAUCAGAAACAAACUCUUCAACUCUAAUUAAUCCAUCUAUCAUCGAAAUGCAAGAAAUUUCAUCAAUAGAUGAAACGAAUAUUACUCAUCCAAGAUCAUCAUCAUUGAAUAAAUCUCUUACUUUAUCUAAGAACGAUGAUACUUCAAGAAUUUUAUCGAGAAUAGAAUCAGUUAAAGAAUAUCAAAACCAAAAACCAAAUCGAAGAAGUCAUCAAUAUACAAAUCCAAUCAUUGAAAGAAAAUUAGAGAAAUCAUCAAAAAAUAUUGAAAAUAAUGAAGGUAAUAAAAGAAAUCGACGUCGUCGUAUUGGUACAAUCUGUUCAGCAUGUUCCAACUGUUGUUGUAUUUCAACAAUUAUUGGAAUUUUAUUAUUACUUUUUGGUAUU